AUGCAAAUCGGUGGAUCACGCAUAUGUCUUGGGCGUGGGUUCCUGCUCGCGAUGAUCGAGCUGGCGCUGGUAGUCGUGCUGUGUGCAUUGAUUGGGGGCGAUCCAUUCGAGUUCGACGAUGAGUGGCAGACGAGGAUCGAGAUUAUUAGUGAGAUUGCGGUGGAUCUAGUAUUGCUCGAUCUUGUCGUGUCGCCACGGUCCGUCGCGUGA